UUUGUGGUGGACGUUUUCGUUGUUCGUUCCUUAAUGGUUUUGGGCUUCGGAUACGGCCCAAAUAUUUAGGGAUCCGACUUAUUUAUCGUACGGAUCACCACCCCCCGAUUUCUCGCCGUUUUAACCUCAUCCUUCGCCGAUCCAUUUUGUUGCAGGAGCUUCGACCGCCUUCUCCCAUGGCGACCCUUCUCCGAGCCCUACACUUCCUCGUCGUCUAGGGUUUCGUCCUCUCCCACUCCCGCGGCUUGCAAGAGUUGUGACUUCUAUGUGGCAACGAUGGCUCCAGCAGUGGAACGUCGGGAACAUAAACGGCGGGUCUCAUCUGAUAGGUCUAGUUCUCCCGCUAGAGAUCGUCGUUCCCCUCGUAGGAGGACCUCUCCUCGAAGAGAAAGAUCGCCUGCUCCUCGGAAGAGCUCUCCUAGAGCUAGGUCACCGGCUAGAACUAAUAGGGCUCGCUCUCCGGUCAAAGAAAACGUGCACGAUCGCGUUAGGUCGCCUAAACGUGAGCGGCAGCAUUCGCCGGUCAAGGGUACUGCCCCACGCUCACCAUCACCACGAACCAAGCGCUUAAAACGAGUUCAUGCUGAACGGGAGUCUGAGAAGUUAGCAGAUAGAGAGCUCAGGAGGCAUUCAGGCAGGGAAGAUCAUGAUAAAGGGAGGUACAAAGAACGAGGGGAGAUCAAUGAUAUUUCAAGGGAUAGUAAAUCAUCGAAAGAGAAGAAUGAUAGUGUUCCAUCAAAAUCUUCAAGGCGUGAUCAUUCAGAUUCCCCAGAGGGACGAAGCCAUAGGAGCAGAUACGCUUCCCGCUCCCCUACCAGACCUCCCAAGGCUGGGGCACGUGAUGAGGUGGGGAUAAAACCGAAGACGGCAGAAUACGAAUGGGGAGAUGAAAAUGAUUCAGUUGCAAAGAUGAAGGCAGCUGAGCAGGCCCUGGAAGUGAAAGAAAAGCAAAAACCAUCAUUUGAGCUGUCCGGGAAGCUUGCUGAGGAGACUAAUCGAGUUAGAGGUGUAACUUUGCUAUUCAGUGAACCGUCGGAUGCUCGCAAGCCAGAUGUAAGAUGGAGAUUAUAUGUUUUCAAGGCUGGGGAAGUGCUCAAUGAGCCUCUUUAUUUGCACCGACAAAGUUGCUACCUUUUUGGUAGAGAAAGGAGAGUGUCAGACAUUCCAACAGAUCAUCCAUCUUGUAGCAAACAGCAUGCUGUUAUUCAGUAUAGGCUUGUAGAGAAGGAGGAACCAGAUGGUUUAAUAUCAAAAGAAGUAAGGCCUUAUCUGAUGGACCUUGGGAGUACAAAUGGGACUUUUAUAAAUGAUAAUCGCAUUGAGCCGCAACGGUAUUAUGAACUUUUUGAAAAGGAUACAAUUAAGUUUGGUAAUAGCAGCCGGGAAUAUGUAUUGUUACAUGAGAACUCAGCCGGGUGAGUGCUCUCUCUCGGGUUGGAAGGCAAAUUCCCAAGACAAGCAUGUGUUGACUGCACGCAAAGGAUAUUCCAAGAAGUAGUCGAAGUUGCUGCAUGUGGUGAACAACUAGUUUAGAGCACCCAAAUGCUUCUGUUUUGGUCUUAGUGGUGGCUUAACCGUAUUGGGUUUGCAAAAUUCAUAAUGCUUUUAAUGUGCACUAUUGUGAUCAUUCCAAGAUCUUCUUCAGAUGAGCUAAUUUUAUA